AUGUUUGCUCCACUAGCAAAGCUAAAUACAGUAAAAAAAUUUAUCUCACUUGCAGCUCACUUUCAUUGGCCUUUACAUAUAUAUGAUGUAAAUAAUGCAUUUUUACAUGGUGACUUAGAAGAAGUGAUUUAUAUGGAGCCUCCACUCGGAUUUAGAGAGUCAUACACACACCACAAACAAUAUGUCGGUUAAAAAAGACAUUAUAUGGACUUCAACAGUCCCCUAGAGCAUGGUAUGUUAAAUUCACUCAAGCCAUGAAGGAAUAGAAUAUCUACAAAGCAAUGGAGACCAUACAAUGUUUAUCAAGCACUCAAAGACGGGGAGUUACUGUACUCCUUGUAUACACAGAUGAUAUUAUAAUUACAGGCAAUGAUUCAGAAGAAAUCAAAGCACUUAGCACAAAUUUAUCUCAAAGAUUUGACGUCAAAAGUUUGGGUAAGUUAAAGUAUUUUCUGGGCAUUGAAGUGGUUCAUUCACGUCAAAGGAUUUAAUAUCACAACAAAAGUAUAUUUUUGAUUUACUUCAAGAGAAAAGCAAAGUGAAUUUUAAGCCAGUCGACACUCCUCUAGAAGCUAAUGUGAAACUCGGACUAGGUAAAGACAGUCCUUCAAUGGACAGAGGAUGGUAUCUGCAUUUAAUUGAAAAGUUGGUAUAUUUAAAUUCGCUGUGGGACUAUUGA